AUGGAGUCAACUAAGCCGCUUGUACAUUUUGCAAGUGAUGAACUUUUACUUGCUCAUAGCUUGUAUCUAUUAAAGCAAAUUUUACAAAUUAGUGUUCAAGAAGAAUUAAUAGCAGGACAGCUUGAUCACCUUCCUUUAAAACAAAUUAUGGUACCUCCUGAAUAUUUUGAAGAUAGAAUAAAUGAUGGUACUGAAUUGGAUGAGUAUAAGUUUAGAAAAAUCGAUCCGUUAGGAAUUACUAAGAUUGAUUCAAAUGGGAAACUAUUGAUAUCGGGAAUGAAUAAAGAUUUCUUAUUUAACUAUUUUCAAUUACCAGGACAUGGGGAUAAAUAUUGGGUCUUAUUAAGGGAUUUAAUAUCGUUGGUUCAAGAUGAUUCUAUUGAUCAAGAAACUUUUAUUCAAAAAUAUAAGCAACAACUCCUUCCGAUACAGGCUACUAGUGAUGAUAUUGAAUUUAUGAAACGAAAUCAUUUACUUGAUAAGAAUUAUAAUGAUGUCAAUAAUAAUGAUGUGAAGAUUGUAACAACUAAAUCUGCAUUUAUUACUUUUGGAGCGCAAAUAAUAAGCCAAGGUACCAGGAUUGUAGAUGACUAUUGGGAAACAUUGGCGAAACAACAAGGUUUCACAACACAUCAUAGGGUUUUUAAAUGUUCUUCAAAAGUAAUAUCAUUACUUAAAGAGUUGAAACCGCAAAUAUUUAAUCGCAGUGUUCGUUCAUCUCAGCAAAUUCCACAGGAUAUAAAAAUAGAGAAGGAAGAGAAAGAAGAAGGAACUUUCAAUUUUGAUUCUCCUUAUACAAUCAUCAUAGAGCAACCUUCUCAAGAAAUAAGGGAAGAGUAUGAGGAACAAUUUAGUAAAGGACAACAUACUGAUACAGUAGUACCCGGUCAAGCUAUUGCCGGUUCACUUGAAUUGAGUGCCCAGUUUAGAGUCCCUAAAUAUCAUUCAAAGAAUUCAUUUUUACAAGCUACACAAAUCAAAGGUAUGGAUACUCCAAUUGGUGAACACAAUUAUAACAAGAAUGAAACCUCACAACUAAAAGGAGCUCAACCUAGUUUACCUAAUCUAAGGACAAAUCCAAAUAUGACCAGUGAAUCAAAAAUUUCUAAUAGAAUGUUAAGCAGUAUCACUGACUCUAACAUAGAUAAAAAAAUUGAAGAGGAACCAAGUUCCCUCAAUAUGAAUAAACAGCAGACAUCUUCUCUUAACAUUAAGGGGUGGAAAUUUGAUUCUUUACCUAUUGGCGAUGAACAGCAAGUAAAAGAGAAUAAUCAUUCCAUAAAGGGAUUAAGUUACUUUGAAAAAGACAACUUACUGAAAAGGUUGAAUUACUUGACACCAAAUCAAAUUAAGGAGACAGAACAUUCACACGAUUGUUUAUUUGUGAAUGUUGGUUUACAAAAGGUAAGAAAAAUACGAAGCAAAAGAUGGAUGAAAUACUGGCAGUAUAAGCAUGGUCUUCCUAUUGGUUUAUUAAAUGAAGGUAAACAAGUGGAAUAUAUUGAAAAAAGGUAUAUAUCUAAGAUGCUUCAGCAUGAAGAUAUCAUUACAAACUUUAACGAAUUGACGAACACCGAUGAAAUAAGGAUUACUAAAAGACAGGCAAACCCUAAUUUAUUAGGUUACUCAAAUAUUAAGUCCUUCAAACCACCUUAUGCAUAA